UAGAACUCCUUUCCGUCAGUUUUUCUGUUUCUUCUCAUUGGCUUCGAGAUGCGAGAGAUUCUCACUCUCCUCCUAUCUUUUCAUCUCGUCUCUCUGCCCUAAAUUUUCCAAUCCAAAAUUCACUCCAAAAUCCAAUAAGAUCCCAUUCCAGAUCUCUCCGUUUCUCCUCGAUCAAUCCGUCUUCGUUCGCGGAAAGGAGAGGGAGAGGGAAGAGAAGGCAUGGCCCACAAGGUGGAUCACGAGUAUGAUUAUUUGUUUAAGAUUGUUCUGAUUGGGGAUUCCGGCGUCGGGAAGUCGAAUAUCCUGUCGAGAUUCACGAGGAACGAGUUUUCUUUGGAGUCGAAAUCGACAAUUGGGGUUGAAUUCGCAACGAGGACACUGCAGGUGGAAGGGAAGACGGUCAAGGCGCAGAUAUGGGAUACUGCUGGCCAGGAGAGGUACCGAGCCAUCACCAGUGCCUACUACAGAGGUGCUGUGGGUGCACUUAUGGUGUAUGACAUGACAAAGAGGCAAACAUUCGACAAUGUUCAGAGGUGGCUCCGAGAACUGAGGGACCACGCAGACUCCAACAUUGUCAUCCUGAUGGCCGGGAACAAAGCGGACCUCAAACAUCUGAGGGCCGUCCCGGAGGAGGACGCAAAGGCCCUGGCCGAGAGGGAGGGCCUCUCAUUCCUCGAGACAUCUGCGAUGGAGGCGCUCAACAUCGAGAAGGCGUUCCAGAGCAUCCUGACUGAGAUAUACCACAUAAUAAGCAAGAAGGCACUGGCUGCUCAAGAGGCAGCAGCCACAGCUGGGCCUGGGUUGGGGACAACCAUCAAUGUUAACGAGACCAGCAACCUGUCGAAGAAGAACUGCUGCUCCACAUGAGGACUUAAAUGCGAACAAACAGCCUCUCUCUUAUGUUUCGUAGCGAAUUCUGCAUUUGAAUGAUUACGUGUAGAUUAACAAUCUUCUCUCAACUUCUCAGAGAAGAUGCCAUUAGAGAAGAGCUGUGUUUUAUGAAAUGAAAGAUGACGGUAAUAGUUUUAGGCUCUCUACAUUGUAUUUGUCUUUUGCCUUUUUUAACAUAUUUAGAGUUUUGAUAGGGUUCUAAAAAGGAGUAGGGGAGGGUUUUAUGAAGAAAAGCGUUGUAAGGAGUGGUGCGUGUGGUAAGUGGUACUCUUUUCUUUUUGUCUUUUGAGCUGUUGUUCCUAACUUGUAAUAACUGUUGUUAUUGUUAUAUCUUUUUUUUU